AUGGGCGUGGAGCAGGGGGUUACAGGGAGGUUGUGCCUCGGACCCCCCCCUCACCCACUCCCCCCUACUUCCAGCGAGCCCUGUGGGUUCGAGCCCACGUACCAGGAGCUGGCGAGCGCCGUGCGGGAGGAGUACCCGGACAUCGAGAUCGAGUCCCGCCUGGGGGGCACCGGUGCCUUCGAGAUCGAGAUCAACGGGCAGCUCGUCUUCUCCAAGCUGGAGAACGGGGGGUUUCCCUACGAGAAGGACCUGAUCGAGGCCAUCCGGAGGGCCAGGAAUGGGGAACCCCUGGAGAAAAUCACCAACAGCCGCCCCCCCUGCACCAUCCUGUAGCCCCCCGGGGACAUCGGGGUCCCCCCACGCCGCCCCUUGCUGCCUGGGAUAAAUUCCUGUGACCCCAGGGGGGCACUGGGGACAUCAAGGAGGACCGGGGAUGUCGGGGCCCCCCUGUCACCCCUCGCUGCCUUUGUUAAAUUCCUGCAUGCGUGGAGGGGGGGGUCCAGGGACACUGGGGGAAUUUGGGAGCCUCCUGGGGCCCCCCAUUGUGGCACUGGGAAGGGCAGGGCUGUGGCACUGGGGGGCCAUUCUGUCCCAUCCCUGCCAUGGGAUGAUGGCCUGGGGGGUCCCCCCACCUGCCUUUGCCUUCCCCCCCCUCCCCUCUGUCAGCUGCACCUCCCUGGAGGGCACAGGGGGUCCCCCAAACCCCACAGCCCCCCAGGGCACCCCCUUUCCUGCAGCCUCCCCAGCAGGGCAGGGGGGGCUUUCCCCCAAACCCUUUGGACUUUGGGGCCCCCCGUGAGUGGGGGGGUCAGGACGGGUGUUGGGGGGGGGUCUCUGCAGCUCCCAGGAGGUGAAUUCCAGAGGGAAAUCCACUGGCUGGGCCUUUCCUGGGGUUGGUUAAGGAUUAAACAGCUCUGUCACUGUUUAACCCGGGCAGGGGCAGGGGGGCCCUCCCGGCCGUGGCAGCCCCAGCCCAGCCACGGGUGUGUUUGUCCCUCUCCCCUCCCCAUUCCCAGGCUCCUGCUUCCUGCCUGGAAUGACCCUGCCCUUGGCCUCGGGGCGGGGGGCCCCCUAUUUAUUCUAUACUAUGUAUAAACCCAACGGUCGGGGUGGAGUAAAGGAUGGAGCAUGUGGAAUAAAGGAUGGAGGAUGUGGAAUAAAGGAUGGAGCGUGUGGAAUAAAGGAUGGAGGAUGUGGAAUAAAGGA